AUGGCAUUAGACAUGACAGAAGCAACUUGUUCAGAUCUAUGCUCAGCCGUUCCUUGUUCCGACUUAUGCAGAGUUGAAAGCGAGUCAAGCCCUUGGGUUCUUUCAGUGCUUGCCUCCCUACUCCGCAGACUUGUAGCCCGACAUGAUAGGUUGGUGAUUUCCUCUGGCAAAAACAUUUCAAGGGAAAAUCUGUGUGUUUUCUCUGCAAUGCAGGUUCCUGCCAUGAGCUUACACAUGUACUUGGAAAGGAUUUUCAAGUAUGUCCGCUGCAGUCCUUCUACAUUUGUUGUGGCUUAUGCUUAUAUUGAUCGCCUAAUUCUCAACAAUCCCAACUUCCGCUUAACCUCUUUCAACAUUCACAUUCUUACCAUCACCACUGUCAUGGUUGCUACCAUGUUUCUUGAUGACGAGCAUUACAGUAAUGACUAUUUUGCAAAAGUGGGAGGCUUAACACUGAGGGAGAUGAACAUUCUAGAAGUUGAAUUUUUGUUCAUGAUGCGGUUCCGCUUGCAAGUGACAGUGAGCGUGUUUGGAAGCUAUUGCUCCCAUUUUAAGCGAGAGGUUGAAUUGGGCGGAGGGUUUCAGAUUGAGAGACUUCUUCUCAGCUUACCUAAAAACAAUGAAUCAAGGAAAUCGUGCAGUCAAGAAGAGAGCAACAAGCAGAGAUUAGCUAUCAGCUAUAACAAAUGUGCAGGAUGCUAA